AUGGGGUUCUCCAAGUCGACGCGCAUUAUGAUCCUGCUGGGUAUCGACUCGGCUUUCUUCCUGCUAGAACUGGUAGUAGGAUAUGCGGUGCACUCGCUGGCCCUGGUGGCCGACUCGUUCCACAUGUUAAACGAUGUCAUAUCGCUCCUUGUCGGACUCUGGGCAGUGAAGGUCGCGAAUGAGAAGACCAACUCGAAGAGAUACACAUACGGGUGGCAACGCGCAGAAACCCUCGGUGCUCUUGUGAACGGUGUGUUUCUGGUCGCACUGUGUCUAUCUAUCUUCCUCGAAGCCAUCCAGCGUUUCGUUGAACCUCAAGAGGUUUCACAGCCUAAGCUCGUCCUCCUCGUCGGCUCUCUUGGUCUCGCUUCAAACCUGAUUGGUCUCGUGCUCUUCCACGAUGUCGGACACAGUCAUGGACCCGGCGGCCAUUCGCACGAUCACGGCGACGAGCAUUCCCAUGCCGAGGAGGGGCACGCGCACGGAGUCGAGGCACACGACCAUGCACAUGAGCACGAACAUAACAGCUCUGCACAGACUCCUCGAGCACGCCGCAAGUCGGCUUCUGGCAAGCGGGGUCAUCGCCACGCUCGAUCUGGGUCUCAAGGAUUCUCUACUCUUGACGAGAUCUACGUACAUCCUUCGUCAUUCAGAAACAGCAUCAUCGAGUCUUCUCGCCAAGAGCUUGACGACACUGGCAGUGAUAGCGGUGAUGAUAAACCCAAUGAGCAAACUGCUCUUCUGGGCAAGAGCAACGGCCACUCUCACUCGCAUGCAUCGAAGGACCACCACAAGAGUCACAACCAUGCAAAGCCUAAAGACCAGAAGGCCGGCGGUGGACAUGGACAUUCUCACGGCGACCUGAACAUGCGCGGUGUCUUCCUCCACGUACUGGGCGAUGCUCUGGGCAACGUCGGUGUCAUUGCAACAGCUCUGUUCAUCUGGCUCACCGACUACUCGUGGAGGUUCUACGCCGACCCUUUCGUUUCUCUUGUUAUCACCGUCAUCAUUCUCCUCUCAGCGAUCCCGCUCUGCAAGGCUGCGUCCCGCAUUUUGCUCCAAGCUGUUCCUGAGAACCUCUCUAUCGACGAGAUCAAGGAAGACAUCACAGACCUCGAUGGUAUCAUCUCGUGCCACCACCUGCAUGUCUGGCAGCUUUCGGACACCAAGCUCAUCGCUUCGCUCCACGUCCAGGUCGACUUUGACUUCAAGGGCGAGGGCUCUGCACGCUACAUGACACUUGCCCGCCAGAUACGCGAAUGCCUUCAUGAGUAUGGCAUCCACUCAUCCACCAUUCAGCCUGAGUUUUGUCUCGAUGAGACGCAUGAUCACUCAGCCGCCGGCUCAGAAGAUGAAGCGACAAACUCCAAGGCACCAAGCGUUAAGGGUAACCCAGAGACGUGUCUACUCGAAUGCCCGGACAGCUGCGGCAACGCAAAGCAGUGCUGUGAACCAGGACAGAAGGACUGCAAGGGCAGUAAUGGCUCGUCAGCCUAG